AAUUACCUUAUGAAAAUGUAGAAAUAUUAGAACGAAAACUCUAAUGUGACACUAGAAAUUAAUAUUACAAUAGGCAAUGAUUUUAAGAAAACUCUUACUUACAUACAAGGAUAAGAUCCUGUAUUGGCAGCUAGUUUAUUUUGUGAGCAGAAUAAUUUAAAACCGUCUGCUGUUUACUAUAUUUAAUAAGCAAUAGAGCAAGUUAUUUAAAAUGUUGAUUCGUUUGAAAAUGAAAACGAACAACAAUCAUAAAUUAUUGAAGGAAAUUCAAAUGACGAAUAUGAUCCAAGAUCUUCAGAUGAAUCAGAAUAUUAAAAUUAAAGAAGUAUGAAAAAAUCUAACAUUUAUAAUAAGCAAUACUCAAAAAGUCCUAUUCGCCAAAAAACCAAAACAUAAAUUCAUUUUGGAAGUGAUAACAAAAUUUAUAAUGGAACAGAUUCUGAAAACAGUCAUAGAAUGUAUUAAAAUAAUUCGUUUAGAAUAUAAAAUCCAGGCAUAAAUCUUUACUAAAAGGGGAUGGUUCAUCAAAUAGUAAAAGAAAAAAAAAUGAAACAAAUGCAGAUGCAGUAAGAGAAAGAUGAAUUAAAAGAAGCUACAUUUCAGCCACAAAUAAAUUACAACUCUAUUUUGUUAUAUGGCAAGCAAGAUUAACAGUAAAGAUAUGAAAAAAUAAAGAGAAAGAUGGAGGAUAAAAUGAAUAUCAUUAAAUAAAAUACUCAAUUAUAGGAAUAAUUAAAGUGCACAUUUUAGCCUUAAAUUGGUGUUGUAAGCUCUAGAAUUGGUCAGUUUGCAAAAGAGCACAGAGAAGUUAAAGAAGUUUUUUAGCAUCUUUAUUUAGAUUCAUAUAGGAGAUAACAAGAAAAAGAUAAAAGAUAGCAAGAAAUAAUAGAACUAGAAGAACAGAGGAAUAAAGAACAAUGCCCUUUUACUCCAGAAAUAAGUUCAAGCAAAAUCUAAAGCUUUAACAAACUCUCUUCAGAGAGAAGGAUGCUUUAGAAUCCAUAAUAAUAAGAUUAAGAUUUCAGUUAGCGUCAAGACUUUUAUGAAAACUAUGAUUUGAAAAACUAAGAAAAUAAUGAAAGUUUCGAUUUCUCUAAAAACUCAGAUGCUAUAUCAUAGCUUAGCUAGUUAACUGAAAGAGAAGGUUUGCUAGCUCUUCGUCCGAAAAUUUAAACACCUAUUUGCAGUUAUCCAAUUUAAGAACCUUAGUAAGAAUUAAUGAAAGCAUAGCCAUAAAUUCAAACAUAACCGAAGGUUUAAUUUCAAAAGAGUUUCUUUAACUUGGAGAAUAAAUUUUAGCAAAUGAGAAAUAGUAAAGAAUAAAUGAGUAGUCCAGUUAAAAAGUUUGUAAAACCAGAAUAAAAGUAAAUUUAAAAGAAAAUAAAAAGGUCAAACUCUUUGAAUGUUUGGGAGGAUCUGUAUAAAUAAGCGCAGCAACAAAAAGAAAGCUAGAAAUAAAUAGAAUUUAAGAUAAAACAAUAAAUAUAAAAAGAAAUAAACAAGUAAAAACUCUCAUUAAAAAGCAAGGAAAUUAUAAAUUAAUAGCGAGAUUAAAUAAUUGAGUGCAUAUUCUAAGUAUUGGAUGGAAAAGAAAAAGGAUAUAUAAGCCCAGAUAAUUUGUGCAGCUAAUUCCUAUCAAAUAAUUUGAAUAAAAUACUUAAUCCUCUAUAUGAAGCAAUACGUUUGAAUAAUACAAUGUUAGACUACUCUCAAUUCAAUAAAGCAGUGAAAUCUCUAUAUAACUCUAUCGACUUUAAUGAUAAAUUAGUUAUUUCUAGAAUAUUAUAAAAAAGAUCAUAAAGUCUUCCAAACCAUAUGUAGUAAGUAAUAAAUAAAUAAAUAAAUAAAUAAAUAAAAAAGAUAUUUUUACUCAGAAAACUCUUUCAAAACUAUUCAUUAAUCAAUUAUGCUUUUUUAUUAUUCCUUCAAAUAAUAUUUAAAGAUAGUAAUUUUAAUUUAAUUAAGCUUCAAAAAAAUGUUCAAUUUGAUUUAAAUUUUUUUUAAUUUUUUUUGGUGUUUAUUUUUGAUAUUCUUGGUGAUUUUUAUAAUUUUAGAAUAAAUCCAGCUUGA